UUAAAACAGCUGUUGGAAAGUAACGCGGCCAGACUUUCCAUUAUUAAGGGGCAGCUGCAUUUAUUUGCUUUGUGUAAUAAUAAAAUGAGCGUAAAUUAUGAACAGAAUACAGCGGAUGAAGAAUUUGCACAGUCCCAUCAAUCAGUGAGACUUUCAGAUGAUGAGGGAAGCGAAGGCAACGACAACACUGAAUCCGUUGCCGCUGAAGUCUCUCAGCCAGCAGCUGUUCAAGGCAACGAUGCUGAGGAUGCGGAUGCGGAGGCAAGUGGAGCCGCCAACACACAUGUGGUAGCCCAUCACUACAACGAGCUGAAGGAGGCGGGACGCAAGGAACGACACAAGUCGAAAAUCUACUUUAUGCGAAACUUUAACAACUGGAUCAAAAGUCAGCUUAUCAACGAAUACAUGGCACUUAUCAAGCAACAGAAGCGCAUUGGUGAAGCACUCCGUGUUCUGGACAUGUGUUGUGGCAAGGGCGGCGAUCUGCUUAAGUGGGACAAGGCCACCAUCUCACACUUGAUCUGCACGGACAUUGCCGAGGUUUCUGUCGAGCAAUGCCAGCGUCGCUACCAGGAUAUAAUACAGCGAGCCGAUAAAUCCAAGUUUGGCCACAAAUUCACAGCCGAAUUCUUCGCCUGUGACUCGACGAUGGUGAGACUUCGCGAGCGUUACAAGGACGCUUCUCUGCAGCUGAAUUUGGUAUCCUGCCAGUUUGCCUUCCACUACUGCUUCGAGUCGCUCGUCCAGGCGGAUUGCAUGAUGCGCAACGCAGCCGAGUGUCUGCAGCCGGGAGGUUACUUCAUAGCAACUAUGCCGGAUGCAUAUGAGAUCAUUAGACGGUUAAAGGAAGCUGGUCCCGAUGCACGUAGCUUUGGCAACGAUGUCUACAAUAUUGAAUUUGAGUGUGAUACGGAUUCACUGCCUUUGUUUGGCGCCAAGUAUCAAUUCCAUCUGGAGGGCGUUGUGGACUGUCCCGAAUUUCUAGUGCAUUUCCCCACACUUGUUAAACUUGGUCGCAAAUAUGGUCUACAGCUGGUCAGACGCAGCACAUUUGCUGACUACUACAAGGAGACGUUGCCCCAAGGUCGCCAACUGUUGCAACGCAUGUCUGGCCUGGAAUCUGUGCAACCCCAUCGCUGUGGCAACGAUGACCAGUUCGCCCAUGUGCGUAAAGCCGUCGGCACACAACGUGGACGUCCAAUGGGCACACUGUCCAAAUCCGAAUGGGAAGCAACAACUCUUUAUUUGGCUUGUGCCUUCAAGAAAUGCAAGAAUAGCUGGGAUGCUAACGGAAAGCCCGUGUUUGAAUUUGAUGACUGAAGUGUUUUAAAAAAGCAGGUUUCAAUUUUUAAAAAUAAUGGUUUUUUCAUUACACAUACUCAACAUGAUCAGAGCAUAUUGUAUUAAGUUUAAAAGUGUUGAACUAUUUUAAUGCGAGGAUUUGUAGCGUUAAUAAAAAUAUAUAUGAAUAUGAAAUAUAUGAGGUGAAGUUUAAAAUCUAAGCCCCAUAACCCGUAAUGUUCUUAGUCCAGUAUAAACAUCUAAUUCGGCAUUCUAAUUUAAGCAAUUAGUUAGAAAUAUUUGUAAACUAAUUCCCGAAGACGAAAUAAUAAAUGGAAAGAACGUAAA